UUUUCAUCCACCAUUUUCGCACAAAUCAAGGGGAGGAAGAAGGAAGGGAAAAGAGAAGAGAAAAGGGGAGGAUAGGGAGGAAAACUUGAGAUUUACAAGGUAUUUCAAGAACUUUCACGGAGUUGAAAGGGGAGCCGGAGUUGUCGCCGGAGUUCGUUGAAGUUCGCCGGAGUUUCGCCGGAGCUCAAUAAGGAAGGCUAGAACUUCAUAAGCUUCAUUUAAGGUUAAGGCUAGAGUCCUACUACAUGCACCUUUGCCUAGGGUGAUUGAUCAAGAAUCAUGACGUGAAAUGGAGGGUGGACGCAGGAUUACUAGGAGGAACCCGACGGGUCGUGCACCGAGGGCCACUGGGCACGAUACAUGGGCUGAAUCACGGACCUCUAGGGGUAGAGGUCGGGGCCAAGGCCGAGGAGGAGGCCGAGGCAGGGGUCGUGGGUGUUCUACAACGCCGAUGGUAAGUAGCACGCGUGUCGGUUCUGUGCACCCAUCUUGGGCCACCGAAUCGGACGAUUUCACAUAUGCUCCAAGCACGGAGCAAGAGGAGACCCCGUACAACGGGGAGGACUUUGAUGAAGAAGAUGAGGAUGACGAUCCUCAUUAUGAUCGUAUGAGCGAGGUACUAGAAUGGUACCUCGAGAAUAAGGCAAAGAGAGAACAGCGGCGCCAACUAGACAGGCUAGGCUAGCCAUGGGGCAGGGAAUCCGAGGUGCUUCUAGUGCUCCAUCUAAAGCGUCCAGGGGAGACACGAUGGUACGUAUCUCCAAGUACCUCAAGGAGGCGAGGGCCUUGGGGUGGAAGUCAUUUGAUGGCAAGGGCGACAUAUCUGAGGCCGCCGACUGGAUUAAGAAGCUGAAUGAUGCUUCUAGGGACAUGCAAUUUGGACUCGACGUGAAGCUGAGGGUUGCCACCAGGCUACUAGAAGGGGUAGUGAUAUUCAUGUAAUUUCCAAUUGUAUGUUUGUAUUUUUAACUAGUUUUUAUUAUUUCUAGUUGAGGAAAUUACACACUUUUGGCGUAAUACUUUAUUUUCAUAUUUAUUUGUAAUUUGUUUAGAUUAGGACUUUUCUGAGCUAAACAGGUCAAAGAUCAUCCAAGG